CAGUUAAUUUUAAUGCUAAGAGUUCCCAACGACCUCUCUUUCUUUCUUUGUUUGUUGUCUUGUCUUCCGUGGCAGCAACAAACAAGUUGUAGCAGUUUCACGAUGAUGCUUCUACUUCGUCUUCCUCCCUUGUCCUUUCUCUUCAUCUUCUUCUUCUUCUUCUUCUUCCCCAUUUCACACUCAAUUCCCUUCAUUGUCCUUCACGGAAUUGGAGAUCAGUGUUCUAACCGUGGAGUCAAAUCAUUCACACAAGAAUUGAUCACAUACUCUGGUGUUAAGGGAUUCUGCGUAGAGGUAGGCAAUGGAUCAUGGGAUUCAUGGUUUAUGCCUUUGAAAGAACAGACAGAUGUUGUUUGCCAGAAGGUGAAGAAAAUGAAAGAGUUGAAGGGAGGAUACAACAUUGUUGGCCUCUCCCAGGGAAAUUUAAUUGGUCGAGGUGUGGUCGAGUUUUGUGAAGGAGGACCUCCCGUUAAGAACUUCAUCUCUUUAGCAGGCCCUCAUGCUGGUACUGCUUCGGUUCCCCUCUGUGGUACAGGUAUCUUUUGUGUCCUUGCAGACAAUCUCAUCAAGGGAGAGGUGUACAGUAACUAUAUUCAAGAACACUUGGCUCCUAGCGGAUAUCUAAAAUUACCAAAUGCCAUACCUAAAUAUUUGGAGAACUGUAGGUACCUCCCUAAGCUUAAUAAUGAAAAACCCGGUCAGAGGAAUUCCACUUACAAGGAAAGAUUCAGUAGCUUAGAGAAUUUGGUACUUAUCAUGUUUGAGCAAGACACAGUUUUAAUACCGAGAGAAACAUCCUGGUUUGGUUAUUAUCCAGAUGGCUUCUUCAAGCCAGUUCUACCACCACAAGAGACAAAACUCUACACUGAAGACUGGAUUGGCUUAAAAACUUUAGACGAAGCUGGCCGUGUCCAUUUCAUUAGCGUUCCUGGAAAGCAUCUAGGGAUAUCCGAGGCGGAUAUGAAGAAACAUGUAGUGCCAUAUUUGAACGGCAAAACGUCAAGAAAUGAUAGCACCACUAAGGCUGGCUUUCGGAGGAUGCGUGGAUUUAAUCAAAGAUUUAUUCAUAUCAACAAGAUGGAGUAAUGUCACACAGUGGAGGAAGAAUCGUAUAUGUAGCUCCAGCCACGACAUUAAUAUACAUAUAGAUUGAUCACUGUCACCUGUGUAGUGUAUACCAUGCAAGGACCGUCCUGAAUGUAUCAAAGACCGUCCUGAAUACUCUGAGUAUUUUAUUUAAAUUAAGAAAAUGAUGUUCCAAUAAUUGUUUGAAUAUUAUUCUUUUUGCAUUUUUUUCAGAAAAAUCAUUAAUAUUUGUUAAUAA